AUGAAUAAUCCUAAUAUUGUUCCACCACAUUUUAAUCAACAUCAACAACAAAAUCAUAACCAAAAUCAACCACCUCAUCAUAUGAAUAAUCCAAAUAUCAUACCACCACCCCAAAGAUUUAAUAACUCAAAUGUGGUGCCACAUUUCAACCAACUAUCAAAUCAAAAUCAACCACCCCAACGACCUCAAUAUUAA